CAGAAAAGAAAGAAAGUUUAUGCGAGGCGAGACAUUUCCGGUCCUGUGACUUAUCAGGUGGUUGUUGAGUUAGAGAGGAGAGGAGUGGGGCACUGUGCGAACCGCUCCCGUACCACCUACUCGCCGGCCGUUUGCAUCGUGUGACCCCUCAACUAAACCAUACGAAAGGGGAAGAAGCAGCAACUUUUUUGAAAGUGUGAAACUUAUUUUCUCUCAACUGUCAAUAGGAGCUGUUUUGUGCAAUGGCCGGAGGUUCAGUAACGGAAUGUAAAGAGUACUUGUUUAAAGUGCUGGUCAUUGGAGAACUGGGAGUGGGGAAGACCAGCAUCAUCAAGCGAUACGUUCACCAACUUUUCUCCCAACACUACCGGGCAACAAUCGGCGUGGACUUCGCGUUAAAAGUGAUAAACUGGGAUAGUAAGACCCUGGUCAGACUGCAGUUAUGGGACAUCGCAGGUCAGGAGCGCUUUGGCAACAUGACGCGUGUCUACUACAAGGAGGCGGUGGGUGCGUUCGUGGUGUUCGACGUGACGCGCGGCUCCACCUUCGAGGCCGUAGCCAAGUGGAAGCAUGACCUGGACAGCAAGCUGGCCCACGGAGGACCCAUACCUGCCGUGCUGCUGGCCAACAAGUGUGACCAGAAGAAGGAGUCCUCCAACAACGCCGGCCUCAUGGACAACUUCUGCAAAGAGACCGGCUUCCUCGGCUGGUUCGAGACCUCGGCCAAGGAGAACAUCAACGUGGAUGAGGCGGCUCGCUUCUUGGUGGAGCACAUCCUUCAGAACGACAAGGGCCUUCCCUACGAGGAGAGCAACGGGGACCGCGUGCGCCUAGAGCAGGACCCCGCCACGGCAGAGAGCAAGCCAGGCUGCUGCUAGCAACACUACCCCACCCCCCCGGGAAGAAGGAUGUCUGCACUCCAGCCUCGUUGGUGCUCACAGUCGAGGACAGUAGAAUCAGGACAAACUGGGCUACUUCAUUCUCAUCGACUACACCCAGGGAUGACCGGAGCAUACUCAGAAUACUUUUUAAAGUUAUUUAUUUUGAUGCACACUAGGGGUGGGUUUCUCGACAACAUCAUUGCUAACUAAGUUAGCAACUUACUUGGCUGCAAUGCAAUUUCCCAUUGUAAACCUAGUAAGUUGCUAACUGGUUAGCAACGAUGCUUUCGAGUAACGGGGUCCAGAUGUGUCGAACAUCAGUCACUAUGUGCACCAAAAUCAAUAACUUUUAAAGCUGCCACCCUUCUUCCCACUGUACCUCUCACCCAUCAUGCCACGUGUCCUGCCAAUAUGGCCCACCCAUCCAUCUGAGCUAGAUAUGGCUGCAGUCUAGGGGCCCCCACCGGCCAGGAGGCCCCAGAUUGGUCAAAGGGGGAAAAACAAUUUUGCCGAAUUGCAGAUGACGUAACGAAAAAUCCAUCUCUUGUUAAUACUUCUCUCUAUAGUUGCCAGACUGAAUUAAUAGCUCAUGUUUAUGUAAUUUUGUCAAGAUUUUUUUUUACUGCGGGGGGCUUACCGAAACCUGUAGCCUAGGCACCCAGGGCAAUCUUAAUCCGGCCCUGCCCAUACAUGACAUAAGUAUGAAACAAAGACAUGACAUGACAUGACAUGAGAGAGUGAGGCAAAGUCUUAGUCCCAGUAAGUUAGUCCGAACCCGCCUCCUCCGCGCCUCCGCUUCACGCUCAUGUCAAAAUAUGACACGUUAUUACGUGUUGAGUUGAAGGGGUGUUGCCAGCCCGAAGGUGCCACCUGCAACCCCUCACGCCAUUUGACAACAUGUGACACCAAUGACACGAUGUGACAUGAGGUGCUGAGGUGCAGAGGUGUCAAUCCCCAGUUCAGAAAGCUUUAAAACCCUGCCAUUUUUUCCUUCUAAGAAUGUGUUGCCCUGUACAGUGCCUGCUCUGCCAGUCUAGAGUGCUCGUUAUUAGCCACAGCCACAGAGGCGGUGCCUUUGGUAUGUUUUUCUAUUGUCAUGAUGUGCAACAGUGGCAACUGAAGGAAUGCCCCCCCCCCCCCCAACCUCAUCAAAAGAUAGUUGAGCCCCCAUUACACUAAUGCACAAUAUGUACAAUAUGUAGGCCUAUGUCUGGACUUUUGAAAGUUGUACAUGAAUUAUCACAAUAUCAUAAGUCAAAAACAGGUAAAUCCGUAGAUGGCAAGCAUACAAAAUAUGUAAAUCCGUAGAUGGCAAGCAUACAAAAAUGUGAGCUCAUCUACUUAUUCAGUGUAAUUUACUGUCUUUCAUAUUAUAGUCUGGCUUGACAAGAGUAUUGUAUGUAUCAAGAGCACUGGCAGAAGGAAUCCCUGGCAGGAACUUAACUUUCUCAAAUGGGUUUGUUUUAUCGUCUUAUUGUUUUCGUUAUUUUCUGCUGUUGUUAUUGUUGUUGUUUUUUCAUUUUUUUUCACUUCUGUACUUUGACCUUUGCACUCGCGAGCAUGCUCAGAACAAAAGGUGCGAAACACAAGGCCGUCCUGCGCUGACAAGGUGGCCUAUCUCAGAAGGUCCUCUAUCCUCUAUCCUCUAUCCUCUAUCACACUACCCCACAGUGCUUCACUCCAAAGCAACAUCUGGUUCUCCUCAUUGAUAGUUCUGUCAAAGUGUAGUGUGUCCCUCAGCUUUUACCAGGCCUGGCCCUCCUUUUCAUCUCUGUCGCUGUCGAUGUAACCACUUUGUCUACAUUGCGGUGUGUGUGUGUGUGUGUGUGUGUGUGAGAGAGAGAGAGAGAGAGAGAGAGAGAGAGAGAGAGAGAGUGUGUGUGUGUGCGCGCGCCACACCAAUACUGAGAAAAACAAAAGCAUUGUAUUGCCAAAAAAACACAGGAAGUAUUGUUGGACCAGCGUCCAUGCUGUGUCUGUCAGUGUAUCCGUGUGAUACUUAAGGAGAUACUUAAGAUCCGUGUGAUACUUAGUCUUAGAACUUACAAUUUGUUCCUCAAGACAGUCUAGUCAACCUGCCCGUUCUUGACUCUUCCUUUGCACGAGCAAUUGGCCCAUGACAUCGAAAUCAGUGUUGUAAUUGCUUUUAGCUCUGCCCAGUCCUCUGACCGAGACAUUUGAACUACAGUGUAUCAUCCCAACUCGUCAAUUUCUGACUACCUUUGACCACUGACCGGACUGUAUUUUUUUAUGUCUAAGGUAUGCCCUUGGAGUCAAAAUGUGACGUGCGCUUCAAAGGCACCCCCUUGUGGCAGCAUAACUUCACUGACUGUUAGGGUGAGGGAAAGGUCUAGUUUUAGGCCACAUAGUCAACAUGCGACGUGGCAUAUAUGACCUCAACGUCAAAAAUUGCAGUCUGGUCAAUGGUUGUCAGAAAUUGGCGAGUUGGGAUGAGACUGUGUUGAUUUGAAAGGAGCCAGUUGAACCAAACUUGGUGUGUCAGGCCUCUGUCCUGUAGCAUUGCUAUAGUAUUUGUGAUGAUCCAGCAGGAGACCUAUUAUCAGAUCCAAGGCUACACCUAGAAUGCAUUGGAAUAAGAGGCUCCCAUAGGAUUGUGUGUGUGUGUGUGAGAGAGAGAGAGAAAGAGAGAGAGUUAGAAAGUUAUAGUACCUCACAGUCAUUGAAUAUCGGAUGUUUUUGUUUUACGACUUGAAAUCUAUACUGUUCUGUAUGUGCAGAAUUUGACAACACAUGAGCAACAAGGUACAGACAGCCGAGGCACUCAGUAGAAAUUAGUUUGGUCUUUAAGUGAUAUUUAAUGUAUUAACACUGUGUAUUGCGAGGAAACCUCCCCCGUUGCAUACUACUAUUUUGUUAUGAAUCAAACACAUGUUUUUUUGUUUUGGUUUGUUUUUUUCUCCUUGUUUCCUUGUUUUGUUUUUAUAAAUGGAGGACUUUCAGUACUGGUCCAGUUUACAUGUGUAAAGACCUUUUGAAGGAUCAAAAUAAUAAAGCUUUUA